AUGAGUACUCACAUUAAAAUAUACCAGCAUAACGUGAACCGCGACCGCAUUGCGAGUCAUCAACUACGGGAAGCCUGUAAAGUGAACAAAAUUGAUUACUUACUGAUCCAAGAGCCACUAGUCACCAGCGGGAAGGUUUACGCCUUUGAGAGCUGUAGAUCGCAUAUCAGUAAAAGUAAUGGCGCCGCAAUAAUUGCAUUCACUAACAGAUACCAAGCGCUUAAACUGAGUAACUUCUCGUCAAGUCAUAUUGUCGCCAUCAAAGUCGCCUAUGGUAGCGACAAUAACGAUCACGUCGUGCUAGCCUCGGCCUACUUUAAAUACAGUCUGCCGACAACUGCUCACGUUGAGCAACUAGAACAUAUCAUUGCAAAGGAAAAAAGGACUGUGAUCUGUGCCGAUACUAAUGGCCAUUCAGAUCUAUGGCACUCAAAUAAACGAAACCGCCGAGGAAAGAUUGUAGAACAAUUCAUAGGAAAAUAUGGCCUUAUCGUUCACAACUGUCCCGGCAUAAUAAACACCUUUUGCCGCCGUGAUGGACGAACAUCUAAUAUAGAUGUCACGAUGUCUACAGCCAACACGGCCAGUCUCGUCAAAGAUUGGACAGUCACAGACUUGACUGACAGUGACCACCGUGUCAUUAGUUUCAGACUGGCAGUGAAAAAGCCGGUAGAGCGAGUCCCAGAUGAGAUUAGGUAUGAUGUUAGUUCUGCCGACUGGGAUCUCUUCAAGACCACUCUACUCGGUGAAAUUGGUCGCAUAACCGACAGCAGCACCAGUAUAAACACAACAGCUGAUGGCAUCAUCCGUGCUAUAACCACGGCGGCUGAUAGGUCAAUCCCUAAAAAGAGACCAACCGCUGUGAUGGGCAGAAGUCCAUGGUGGUCUCCAGUCCUGUCCACUCUUAGACAGAACCUUGUCCGACAGAGGCGUCGCGGUCUAAUGAGUACCGAUAGGCCAGCUUACAAUAAACUGAAAAACGAAUUCCUGACAGAGACCAGGAAUCACAAAAGGGCCGCAUGGAAGUGCUUUGCGGGAGACCUCAAUAAGAACCCGUGGGGAAAAGCCUUCUCAUGGGCAAAACGCGGCAACUCAUGCAAUUCCAUGCCCAGCACGCUUUCUGGCGCGGAUGGUUCUCAAACCACAAACUGCCGCGAAACGGCUGACCUGGUUUUCAGCACAUUUGUUUCUCCGGACCCGCAUGGGGAAAUACCCGAAGCUCAUGGUCCAAUUCAGUAUAAAGGCGAACUCAGCCCGGACAUUAUAAAAAAUGCCAUCUGGAAGAUGAGGACGAAUAGUGCUCCCGGAUCCGAUGGCAUCACAGCAGGCAUUCUCAGAAAAGCGUGGAUGCAACUUAGGGAUAUCAUCACGAACCUCUUUCAGAACUGCCUUCAGAACGGGACCUUCCCGGAAUGCUAG